AUGGUUGAGCCAACCGCCGCACUCACUGUUGGCAAGCCGGUCAUCGAAUAUGGCUUCCGGCUCGCCUCAGCCUCUGCUGAAGCGCGCGAAGCAAAGAGAUAUCUGGAGCAAUUCGAGCGUGAACUCCUCGAUCUCUGUGACCUCGCAGAAUCUACAUGGCCCUACCUGAGCAACGGGGACAGGUACAGGGUACAGCAAGUCAUCUGCGAUGCGAAAGACUCUAUCGCCGCCGUGGCGGAUGCCAACCAGCAGAGCCUGAAGGACUUGGAAAGAGCUGGGACACUGAGGAUUUAUACAAGAGUGAGGUGGACUCUCAAAGACAACGAUGCGAUCAAGCUCUAUAUGCCUAGGGUGCAGAUGAGCUAUGUCUCGCUUUCUCGUUGCAUUGGCACGCUUGAAGCUGUUACAAGGGAGACUAGGGCCACCCCUCUGCGGCGUGACGGGGAAAGCAUUACGGAUGGUGACAUGCCGCGUUUCGCAGACGAUCGUAGUAAGCGCAAGCAGCGCGUGACGAUACGGUCUCGAGGGUCAACAAGUGGGCGCGCGCCGAACUUUACUGCCCAAAGACCGUCGACUGCUGCUGGAGCUCAGACGCCCAGCACCUCGAAGCAGAGACUCGUCGUUGCCGUCGAUUUUGGGAUGACCUAUACGGGCGUGUCAUGGGCAUGUGAUGAACAUCAACCACCACAGCCGCUGUACAAAGACUGGCCGGGUUCGAAGGCCGGCGAAGUACACUACAAAAUCCCGACCCUCCUGGUGUAUGACAUAAUGAACCACGGGCGGCAGAGGCGUAGUUAUUCGAUGAUCGAAAAACUCUCCUCUUGGGGCUUACUCGCACUCGAAGACGGUGAAAGAUACUCUCCGAACAAGAUGAAUCGGGAAUUUUUCAAGCUAUUCCUGGACGACCGUGUGCUUUUGAGCCAACGUCCGGAACAUAUUGAUGGCAUCACUCACGACGAUGUCCAGCGGUGGUUUCGAGACUACCUGGGCGAGCUUUAUCAACAUAUCGAGUCCUCCUUCGAGAGCUCGAGACCCGAGCUAUGGCAGGGAAGGGUACGCUUUGUGUUCAGUGUGCCCACUGCUUGGGACCCAGAGGUGGUUGCCUGCUUCAAGAAUGUCAUCAGCAAAGCUGGGUUCGCUGAUGGCAGAUUCCAAGGCCAUACGGCUGAGGUCACUUUGACCGAUGCGCAGGCGGCAGCCGUCGAGACGGUGCGCGAACGGAGAUCUGCUCUCAAGCAAGGCGAAAUUAUCCUUGUGUGUGAUGCCGGAGGUGGCACGACGGAUAUCACACUCCUCGAGGUUGCGUCCGCCCAGGACGAACCCCUGCAGCUCGACCAACUCGACCGAGUGAACGGUGUAGUCGCUGGCGCGGCCUUUAUUGACACGGACUUCGCAGAGUAUGUGGCACAGAAGCUCGAGAUAAUCAACAAUCACUGUCCAGGCCUAAUUUCCGACAUUCGAACGGUCGCGGAGAUGAUGGCAGCGAGUCGAAAAUUCCAGUUAAACAAGUGGAGUCUCUCCGCAGCCAGCAAAAGAUUGAACGUGCCCUUCAAAGUUCCCAUUGAGGGGCUUACGCGGGGCUUCUCCCACAAGGCCGCCGACGUGGAGCGAGGAUGUCUCAUAUUCGACCCGGAGCGUAUGGCGGCUCUCUUUGACAAACGCCUGGAACAGAUCUACAAGAUUUUGGAUAGGCAAUUCCAGAGCAUGGAACAGUUGGAGCGCACCAAGGGCCGCUCUGUGCGUCAUAUCGUGCUGACAGGUGGUUUGGGAAGCAAUCUCUAUGUCAAAGAAAAGCUCGAGGAGAGAUAUUGCAACAGCUCCCGCGUGUGCCUAAGAGGCAUGACGGUCCUCACGGCGAGCGAGCCCCAGCAGGCGGUGGCUAGGGGUCUUGUCGUCAACGAAAUGUCCUGGAUACACAGAGAGUCACAACCACAAGUGCUCCGGAAAUGGAUCAGUCGCUACAGCUAUGGCUUCAUCGGCAAGCAGUUAUUCGAUCCAAACAAGCAUCUUUAUCAGGACAAGCUGGACUCGAAAAACGAGAUAGCCCGGGUCACCGGAAAGGUUUGGGCGGUGAAUCAGAUCAUAUGGAUGAUCAAAAAGGGCCAGAAGCUGACACCUAACGAUAUCAUGAGUGUGCCAGUGACGCGCAUCAUUGAUCCCACCAAGGUCAGCAGAAGAAGACGUCUAAGAUUCGACAUAGUCGUGUCGGACAUGGAUGGCGAUCUGCCGCAUAGCACCUCGCAGCCUGGCUCGGAGAGAUUCUGCACCAUUGAGGCAGACAUGUACAAGUAUAUCGACGACUUUGAUGAGAAGAAAAGGUCCUGGUAUGAAAGAGGCAAGACUCACCUGGAAGCAGAAUACGAACUUCGGGUCAAUAUCGGCCCAGCUGAUGUCACUUUCGAAUUGUGGUACAAGGAUGAGAAGCUCGCAGAACAGAAAGACCUUCACGUGGCCUGGGGGGAUGGCAACUCACUGGACAUGUCCCGCCGAACGUGA